CUGCAAAAUCACCUUAAGAAUCCGACUCGUCUGCCCUCACUUGUGCCAAUACCCACUGAUUAGGGAGUAAUUGAGUUUGGGUGACAGGCAGCAACCACGUAUUCACUGGAACGGCAACCGCUUCGGACCCUCGGUUCCUUGACAGUCAGAUUUCCCUAGAUUUGGACCUUCUUCCUAGACACAAACUGUCACCUUCUAUCUGUCGGAAGCAGAACACACGACUGGUAGUGCCCAUGGCUACCAACGGAGAAGAAUCGAAGGAGCUAUGGCGACACUCCUCUCCACAUACCACUCAGAUCCAUGACUUCAUCAAGACUGUCAACAAGGAGCAUCUCCUGUCGCUGGAUUCAUACAACGAUCUCUGGGAGUGGAGCAUAGCAGAGCCAGCAAAGUUCUGGGAGCAGGUCUGGAAAUACACUGCCAUUGUGGCUCACCAGCCUUACAGCCGCGCCUUGAGUUCAGAGCAGCUUCUCUUUCCACGACCCAAAUUCUUCGACGGAAGCAAGUUGAACUUUGCUGAAAAUCUUCUUUACCCAGCCUCGUCUCCUGACGAGGAUGCGGUGGCUGUCAUUGCUGCCACGGAAUCGGAUCGUGAAUACGUGUCUUGGAAGGAGCUGCGAGAUCGGGUCAGAAAAUGUGCCAACUCGUUGAAAGAGGCAGGCUUGCAGGUGGGGGACCGCGUCGCUGGGUUUCUGGGAAACCAUACGAACACUGUCGUUGCGAUGCUCGCAACAACGUCAAUUGGUGCCUUCUGGACAGGUGUCUCUCCAGAUACCGGAGUACACGCCGUGUUGGAGCGCCUAAAGCAGAUUGAACCGAAGUUCUUGUUUGCCGACAAUGCAUCGCUGUAUAAUGGGAAAGUUCAUGGCGCAGAUGCGAAGCUGCGGGAGAUUGUUCCUGGUUUGCCCAAGCUCGAACUCCUGGUCGUGUUCCGCACCGUCGACUCUUAUGAAUUCCAGCUGGAAGAAGUAAAGCCGCUGCAAGGCAAGGCUGUUCCUUACGAUUCUUUUCUUGCGCAGGUUAAAGAUGCUGCAGCCCCUCUGGACUUCGCGAGUCUGGAGCCGGAUCAUCCAGUCUACAUACUAUAUUCCUCCGGCACAACGGGAGCACCGAAGCCAAUUGUACACGGUGCUCUGGGAACGCUUCUCCAACAUAAGAAAGAGCAUGUUCUUCACUGCGAUAUACGCCCCGGAGACCGAGUGUUCUACUUCACAACCACGACCUGGAUGAUGUGGCACUGGCUUGUUUCUGGCUUGGCCAGCGGCGCCACCAUUGUCCUCUACGAUGGCUCGCCAUUCCGACCGUUCGAUUCUGAAGGUGGCAAUGGGGAGAUGGCCAUGCCGCGUUUGAUAGAUGAGCUACAGAUUAGUCACUUUGGUACAUCGGCCAAGUAUCUGUCCAUUUUGGAGCAGGCAUCUCUAAAUCCAACACAGCACCCUCAUCGGCCGGUGAGCCUGCAGACAUUGAAAGCCAUCUACAGCACGGGUUCACCUUUAGCUCCGUCUACGUUUGAGUAUGUCUAUACAUCUAUCAAGGCAGACAUUAUGCUGGGCUCAAUUACCGGAGGAACCGAUAUCCUGUCGCUCUUCUGUGGCAGCUGCCCCAUUCUUCCCGUUUACAAGGGUGAAAUCCAGUGUCGCUGCUUGGGCAUGGCCGUUUCAGUCUACGAUUAUGCCGGCAACGACAUCAGCACCUCUGGCGAACCUGGCGACCUCGUCUGCACCAGACCUUUCCCCGCACAACCGGUGAUGUUCUGGCCUCCAGGUCCCAUAGGGGCGGAGAAAUAUCGCAAGAGCUACUUCGACGUGUUUGGUCCAUCAAUUUGGCACCACGGCGAUUUCGUGCGUGUGAAUCCCCAGACGGGAGGAGUAGCCAUGCUGGGUCGCAGUGACGGCGUCCUGAAACCGGCUGGAGUCCGUUUCGGAAGUGCAGAGAUUUACAACAUUCUGCUCAAACACUUCGCAGAAGAGGUGGAGGACUCUCUCUGCAUCGGACGAAGACGUGAUGGGGUUGACACAGACGAGACAGUCGUUCUUUUUGUCAAAUUGCUGCCGCCCGGGGCGGCUUACGAGGUCAUAUCGGCGGAUCUUGCGGCUCGCAUUCAGGCGACAAUCCGUAAAGAGCUCAGUCCUCGCCACAUGCGUCGCUCUGUAUUGCGGGCUGUCGAGUCCGCGAAGCCGAUUGCUCGCGUGCCUCGCUCAGCUGCGUCGAGAAGCUUUUCCACCGCUGCAGACGGGUCUAAGGACCCCGCAGAAUUAGAUCAGAUCACUACCCUGCCGAACGGAAUCCGCGUCGCUACCGAAUCCCUGCCAGGCCCUUUCGCUGGAGUUGGUGUCUAUGUCGACGCUGGAUCCCGCUAUGAAGAUGAGAGCCUGCGCGGUGUGAGCCACAUCAUGGACAGACUGGCUUUCAAGUCCACCAAGGCACACUCCGCCGAUGAGAUGCUGGAAACUCUGGAGAAUCUCGGCGGCAACAUUCAAUGCGCGUCUUCCCGUGAGUCGCUGAUGUACCAGUCGGCUAGCUUCAACUCUGCAGUUCCCUCGACGCUCGGAUUACUGGCGGAGACCAUCCGUGAUCCUCUCAUCACCGAGGAAGAGGUGAUUCAGCAGCUGGCCACCGCGGAAUAUGAGAUCGGCGAGAUUUGGUCCAAGCCCGACCUCAUCCUGCCGGAGCUGGUGCACACGGCGGCCUACUCGAACAACACUCUGGGAAACCCACUACUCUGCCCGGCGGAGAGACUGGGAGAGAUCAACAAAUCGGUCGUGGACAAGUACCGGCAGACUUUCUUCAAUCCUGAGCGCAUGGUGGUUGCCUUUGCCGGCGUGGAGCAUGACAAGGCGGUUAAGCUCACGGAGCAGUACUUUGGUGACAUGAAGUCGAACAAGCCGGUUCUUUCGGGAACCGGUGUCGAGACUACUUUGUCUCAUUCCGAAUCGACUCUGGAGGAGGGACAGGUGCCCACAGUCCCUCAAUUCACGCCAUCUUCGACUGUUUCUACCACACCCCCGACCUCCAAGUCGGGAAUUCUCUCGAAACUCCCCUUCUUGAAAAACCUCAGCCUGUCUGGCUCGCAGAACGAUGCCGCAUCGCCGCUUGAUCCGUCGCUAGUGCAGUCAGCGACUCUAGACUUGACUCGGCCUUCUCACUACACGGGCGGCUUCCUCUCUCUACCCCCCAUCCCUCCGCCAGCCAACCCGAUGUUGCCUCGUCUGAGCUACAUCCACCUUGCCUUCGAGGCCCUCCCAAUCUCAAAUUCUGACAUCUACGCCCUCGCUACUCUCCAGACCCUCCUCGGAGGCGGCGGCUCCUUCUCGGCCGGUGGUCCCGGCAAGGGCAUGUACUCCCGUCUCUACACCAACGUGUUGAACCAGCACGGGUGGGUGGAGAGCUGCGUGGCGUUCAACCACAGCUACACGGACAGCGGUAUUUUCGGAAUCUCCGCGUCCUGCAGCCCCACGCGCACGACCGAGAUGUUGGAGGUCAUGUGCCGUGAGUUGCAGGCCCUGACCCUUGACAACGGCUAUUCCGCGCUUCAGCCCCAGGAGGUUGAGCGUGCAAAGAACCAGCUCCGCUCCUCGCUUCUCAUGAACUUGGAGUCGCGUAUGGUAGAGUUGGAGGAUCUCGGACGCCAGGUCCAGGUCCACGGCCGGAAGGUGAGCGUCAAGGAGAUGUGCCGGCACAUUGAGGGCUUGACGGUGCAGGACCUGCGUCGGGUGGCUAGAAAGGUCUUCGGUGGUCAGGUCCAGAACCCUGGCAAGGGCAGUGGAAAGCCCACCGUCGUCCUGCAGGAAGGCGAGCUUGAAGGGUACAAGCUGCGCCCGUUCCCUUGGGGAGAGAUCCAGGAGCGGAUAGCCAGAUGGCAGUUGGGAAGACGGUAGCUUGGAGAACGAAUGAUCAUUGAGGUUCCUAGUUCAGCGAACCUCAAGCAAAGUAUAGCGUCCAGGAAAGGAUUAUUUCCUGGAAGCAGGUUGGGAUAGAGCAGGCUUUCCACAAAUUCUUCACUCUAUGUAAUUAGAUAUAGCCAUGAACCUCAAUCAAAGUGUACCAUAGACGCAUCACUGCCUGUAUUCUUCUCAUAGUUGUACUG